AUGGACGCAGACAACCCAUUCUCGGUCUUCCCCAGGGAAGUCCGAGACAUGAUAUAUUCCUAUUCCAUCCCAGAGAUCCCAGCUACGGACGCCACAGUCUUGAAUACAGCCUACAAUCCCAAAAAUGCCCCUCUUCUGUUCCUCAACGAAGCCAUCUCCAAUGAUGUCCAACACGUGCUCUACAAAGAUCACGCGAUAGUCAUCCCGGUGCUGAACCCAAGUGAAUACGAACUCAAAGAGACAAAAUUCGCACCAGUCGUCCGCCAGUGCUCACGAUUGAUGAAACAGCGCUCUAAUAGAGUCAUCAUCGGCACAUCACGCUUUGUUGUCAGCUACUCCCCGUUGGUUCACAUUAACAUCGCCGACGGAAAAUCAGCCGAGGACUGGAUACAAAAGUUCUGCGGGUUCGAUAAUCCUGAGCCGCUAGCUAAGAAACUCAUCGAUGAGUUGAUCUCGCUACGACCUGACCUUCCAAAUGUCAAGGUCAUUGAGUUUAAGUUCUUCGAGUGUUUUAAUGUUCUUGUCGCCCUGAGGUGGAAGGAAUACUUUUUGGAACUAAGGGAGGCGUGGCCUGAGAUUGAGAUUGAGAUUGAUUUUGUUCCUGCAUUUGUGAGCUGGGAGCAUGUUGAAGGGUUUUUGCAGGAUGCUCAGGAGAGUAUGGAGGUCGAUGGUGUUUUUGACGAGGAUAGACUGCGAGAAUUCGAAGAAAGGAAGUAUGGGACCGAAUAG